CUUAUUGAGAUGAAAAUGGAGGUGCGCGCUGGAGUCGUUUUGGCUGCUGUCUCUCUGUCUCUGUUCUCGUACUAUUCCUCUGCCGCUACUCUCAUAACUCCUCAGAACACACUUAAUGGGACAGUAGGUGGAGAAAUCACAUUUCAUUUGUCAAUUGAUCCAGUCGAUCAAACGGCUGAUGUUGGAAGCUGGACAUUUGGUCCGAAUAUUGUUGUGGCCUGGGCGGACUCAAAUAUUAUUUAUACAAAGGACUAUAAAGGAAGAGUCGAGGUGUCCCGCGCCACUGGCACUCUUAAGUUUAAUAAGCUGUUUGCUACUGACUCAGGAGAAUACAUAGUGACGAUUACAACAGCUCCGUCUACGUUCAAUCUGGGUGGAAGAGUUGAGUUAAAAGUGUAUGAACCUGUUUCUGAUGUCAAGAUAACGGCAAAACCUGGACAGCCAAUAGAAAACAAGACUUUCUCUCUGACCUGUGAUGCAUCUGGACAGGUGGAUUCAAUACACUGGGUAAAGAACGAUCAGCCUCUCUCUCCAUCUGGCCACAUCACCUUGUCUGCAGACAGUAAAACAUUGUCCUUUAAUCCUGUACUGCGGUCAGAUAAUGAUGGUUAUAAGUGUACAGCAUCCAAUCCAGCCAGCAAGAUGAGCAGUGAAGUAAAUAUACUGACUGUCAACUGCUGCUCCAGUUUGAGUCUCAUCACUCCCACAAGCCCUGUUUUCGGAAGGGUAGGCGGCGAUGUGACAUUAAACUUUUCACUUAAUCCUUCAAAUGUCGUGUUACAGGCUGUGACAUGGACAGUAAACAUUACUAACAAUGUGGGGAUUUGGACAGGUGGUGCAGUUUCAUACGGAGUGGGGUAUGAAGGGAGAGCCCAACUGAACACAAUGACGGGAUCUCUGUCGCUCUUCAGACUGACACUACGGGACUCGGGACAGUACAGCGUGAGCAUCAUAACUACUGAUGGAGGGAGUACGAGUGCAAGUGUCACACUUCAAGUGUUAGACUUCUCCAUAACUCAAAGUCCCAUUUUCGGACAAAGCAGCGGCAAUGUGACAUUUGAUGUUUCCAUUAAGCCUUCAAAUAUGAUGUUACAGACGGUGACUUGGACUGUAAAUACUACUGAUACGGUGGUGAGUUUGUCAGGUUCUACAGUUUCAUACGGACAGGGAUAUGAGGGGAGAGCCCAUCUGAACACAACAACGGGGUCUCUGUCACUCUUCAGACUGACACUACGUGACUCGGGACAGUAUUGCGUGAACAUCACAACUACUGAGGGAACAGCUAUGAGUGGAAGUGUCACACUUAAUGUGUUAGGCUGCUCCGGUUUGAGUCUCACCACUCCCACAAGCCCUGUUUUCGGACGGGUAGGCGGCAAUGUGACAUUAAACUUUUCACUUAAUCCUUCAAAUGUCGUGUUACAGGAUGUGAUCUGGAGGUUAAACAAUACUAACAAUCUGGUGUCUUGUGUGGAUGGUUCAGUUUCAUACGGACAGGGGUAUGAAGGGAGAGCCCAUCUAAACACAAUGACAGGAUCUCUGUCGCUCUUCAGACUGACACUACGGGACUCGGGACAGUACAGCGUGAGCAUCAUAACUACUGGGGGAGAGGCUGUGAGUGGAAGUGUCAUACUUCAAGUGUUAGGCUGCUCUGGUUUGAGUCUCACUACUCCCACAAGUCCCGUUUUCGGACGGGUAGGCGGUGAUGUGACAUUUGACGUUUCACCAAAUCCUUCAAAUGUCGUGUUACAGACGGUGACCUGGACGUUUAACAAUACUAACAUAGUGGCGAGUUCGGCAGGUUCUGCAGUUGGAUACGGUCAGGAAUAUAACGGGAGAGCCAAUCUGAGCACAAUGACGGGAUCUCUGUCGCUCUUCAGACUGACUCUACGUGACUCGGGACAGUACAGCGUGAACGUCUUAACUACUGAGGGAGGAAGUGUGAGUGGAAGUGUCGCACUUCAAGUGCUAGAUCCAGUUUCUGUACCCACUAUCCAGUCCAAUGUGACUAAUCCAGUAGAGUUCAAUGACACAGUGACUUUGACCUGCACAGCCUCUGGCUCAGACGUCUCUUACCGGUGGUUCAAUGGCAGCUCAGAGGUGUCAGACACUCCGAGGAUUCACUUGAGUGCUGAUAACAGAACUCUAAUGAUAUCAGGCGUGCUGAGAUCAGAUGAUGGGCCCUUCUACUGCUAUGUGUAUAACCAUGUCAGUAACGGCACCAGCAAGCCCUUUAGCCUUGAUGUAAAAUAUGGACCGGACUUGCCCAUUUUGUCUCUCAGUCCUGACAAACCAGUCUAUGCUUCUGGAUCUUCCCUUAUUUUACAAUGCUCAGCACAGUCCAAUCCUACUGCUCAGUAUCAAUGGUUCUUAAAUGGAACUUCUCUUAACAAAAGAGGCCAGGAGCUUCAAAUAAGGAACAUUCAGGUGGAUCAGGCGGGUAACUACACAUGUUGGGCUUUCAAUGAUGUUACACUCAGGUAUGCUGCUGUGCACACAGUGAUUGAUGUCAGAGCAUCUUCGUCAGGAACAAUUUUCAUCUUGACAACAGAAAAUCUAGCUGGAACAAUCAUCGGUUCAUUUCUAGGGGGUGUUCUUGUAUCAGUGAUUGCAUUUCUUAUUGCAAAUAACAUCAGGAGGGAAGCACUUUGCAGAAAAGUUCCAGAUGUUAAAGCAGACAUUAAUGAGAACCCACCCAGCACUUACGAAAAUGUGCAUAACAUGAAAGCAAUGGAUAAAGGUCCUUCUCUUCCAAGUCCCAGCACAGAUCACCAUUACAUGGGUCUGCAGCCUGGAAAGCAGUCAAUCUACCACUCCCUCCAAGGAAAAAUGCCAUCUUAGCAAAAGAUAGAGAAAUGUUCAUAUUGGGCCAGUCAUUUGUGAUCACUGGACAGCUCCUUCAGUUGAAGUUAUAGGAGAUAUGCAAUAUUUCUAUGUAUAAGUCUGUUAAGUAUUUUAAUACCAGGCACUUUCUUUACCAUAGCCAAAGCCCUCACAAGCCAGUAAUUUAGCUUCUCUUCCUUGCUUAUUUGUAUGUUCUUUCAUAUAUGAGGUUGUGAGUGUGUCUAUAUAUAAAUGCGGUAUAUGUAUAUAUAUGAGUGAACAUUUGUACCGACUAUACACACACACUUUGAUUUACACAUCUCCUUUAUCAUUGCACUACUAUGUAACUUUAUAACUUUAUAAUGUGUGUUGUUUAACUUGUAUUAUUUAUGUUAUUUGUAUUUGAUUUUGUGUUCUGCUUUAAGCAGCUUCAAAGGUAUCAAGUUAAAUUCCUAGUCAUUAAAUACUGUUGAAUAAAAAGUGAAUCUCAUUGUGAUUGGCAGAGAGAUUUUAAACCAUGCACUUU